UUUAAGAAUAAGUAUACCAUCAUGAAAUAUAUUCUUGUUACUGGGGGAGUUAUUAGUGGUGUUGGGAAAGGAGUUAUUUCCAGCAGUGUUGGUGCCAUUUUAAAGGCAUGUGGUUUAAAUGUGACAUCAAUUAAAAUUGAUCCCUACAUUAAUGUUGAUGCUGGAACAUUUUCACCUUAUGAACAUGGGGAGGUAUAUGUGCUUGAAGACGGGGGUGAAGUUGAUCUUGACCUUGGCAAUUAUGAACGUUUUCUGGAUGUGGAAUUGCAUCGUGAUAAUAAUAUCACAACUGGGAAGAUAUAUCAGGCUGUAAUAGAAAAAGAGCGGCGUGGUGAUUAUCUUGGACAAACUGUACAAGUAAUUCCUCACAUUACCAAUGCUAUUCAAGACUGGAUUGAAAAAGUUUCUUUGAAACCAGUUGAUAAAACUGGAAGUGCUCCUAACAUUUGUGUCAUUGAGUUAGGAGGGGUUAUAGGUGAUAUUGAAGGUAUGCCAUAUGUGGAAGCUAUGAGACAGUUUCAGUUCAGAGUCGGUUUAGAAAACUUCUGUUGUUGUCAUGUUAGUUUAAUUCCAGAGACUACUGGUGGUGAACUAAAAUCUAAGCCUACUCAAAUGAGCAUCAGAGAGCUAAGAGGAUUUGGACUGUCUCCUGAUUUGAUCUUGGCCCGCAGUCGAACAGAAAUUAAUGAUUCAUUAAAACAAAAGAUCUCUAUGUUUUGUCAUGUUGGACCGAGCCAGGUAUUGAGUGUGCCAGAUGUAUCUUCAGUUUAUCGCGUACCUAACUUACUUUAUCAACAAGGACUUGUCAGUUAUAUAGUAAAUAAAUUAAACUUGGAUAUUCCUGCUAUAAACCCGUCGUCAUUUUUAUAUCAUUGGAAACAGCUUGCUGAAAGAUACGACCAUCCCUAUGAAGAAGUUAAGAUAGCAGUAGUUGGUAAAUACACUAAACUUGAAGAUGCUUACAUGUCUGUAAUCAAAGCCUUGAAGCAUUCUGCUUUAGCUUGUAAAAGAAGAUUGGUGCUGAAGUGGGUGGAAGCUGAUAAUUUGGAAGAAGCUGUGCGAGAAAAAGAUCCUGUCAUAUAUCAUGAAGCAUGGCAAGCACUUUGCAGUUGCAAUGGAGUUUUGGUACCUGGUGGAUUUGGUUCAAGAGGAGCAGAGGGCAAAAUUCAAGCUGCCAGAUGGGCAAGAAAGAACAAAAAACCUUACUUGGGUGUUUGUUUGGGUCUUCAGAUUGCCGUUAUUGAGUUUGCAAGAGAUGUUCUUGAAUGGGAAGAUGCAAAUUCCACUGAAGUGGAUCCCAACACACCCCACCCAGUUGUGAUAGAAAUGCCUGAACAUAAUCAAGGUCAAAUGGGUGGUACUAUGAGAUUAGGAAAAAGAAAAACUAUUCUGAAAAAAGGAAAUUCUCUAACGAAAAAAUUGUAUGGAAAUUUGGAUUACAUUGAAGAAAGACACAGACAUAGAUACGAGGUGAAUCCAACCCUUGUGCAGUACUUUGAAGAAAGAGGAAUGCAUUUUGUUGGUCAGGAUAUCGAUGGAGAGCGCAUGGAGGUUCUUGAACUAGAAGAUCACCCGUUUUAUUUGGCGGUGCAGUUCCAUCCUGAAUUUUUAUCUCGACCGCUAAAACCGUCACCACCCUACCUGGGCUUUUUGCUAGCUUCAUCUGGUAAACUAGAAAGUUAUCUACAACGAGGAGGCCGUCUCUCGCCAAGAUCAAGUUUUAACGAUAUUGAAGAAGAAUCCGAAAAUGUGUACAAGUGUACAGAAGAAACUGCUACCAACUGCAAUGUGGAAAAAGACAAGGAAGCUAUUUCGUAAUUUGGAUUUUUAUCUGUGGAUAAAAUGUUUCAGAAUGAACAGCAUUUGUGUUACGGUUUCCGUCGGAUAAAGUGUAUUUAAAAAAUAUUUAUGCUCUGUUUAAGAUAUUUGUUUCUUAGCUUUUUAAAAAAUUAAUCUUUCCUGCUUAUCUCGGCCUGCGCUACUUAGAAACAAUUGUCCCAGCAAAUUUAGUGUUUUAGAUCUUGUAGAAAAAAAUAUAUUGACAUGUGCUUCAAAUAAGUUGUCACGUCUCCUUAAAACCUUAUUUUUCUCAAAAAGCAGCGCCGUCAACUCUGGGGAGGGAGAUUCAUGAUUCGUCACUUCUCAAUACUCUUUGAAAAUGAGAUCUCAAUAUUAUGCCAAAAUGAUUUAAACGGUUAUGUUCGAUAUUUAUAUGAUGUGUACCCCAUAUGAUGUGUGUUGUAUAUACAUUGUCGACAAAAGGCACCGAUAUUGUUAUCAAAAUUGUUUCUUUA